AUGCCUUACCUGUAUCGGGCCCCAGGGCCCCAGAAGCACCUGGUUCCCAAGGACGCCCGCAUCACCCACUCCUCAGGCCAGAGCUUUGAGCAGCUGAGGCAGGAGUGCGUGCAGAAGGGCAUCCUGUUUGAGGAUCCAGACUUCCCAGCCAACAGCUCCUCUCUCUUCUAUAGCGAGAGACCCCAGAUCCCCUUCGUGUGGAAAAGGCCAGGGGAAAUAGUGAAAAACCCAGAAUUCAUUCUUGGAGGGGCCACCAGGACAGAUAUCUGCCAGGGGGAGCUUGGCGACUGCUGGCUAUUAGCUGCCAUUGCCUCCCUCACACUUAAUGAAAAAGCUCUGGCCAGAGUCGUUCCCCAGGACCAAAGCUUUGGACCUGGUUAUGCUGGGAUAUUCCACUUCCAGUUCUGGCAGCACAGUGAAUGGCUGGAUGUGGUCAUCGAUGACCGGCUGCCCACCUUCAGGGACCGCUUGAUUUUCCUCUACUCCGCUGACCACAGUGAGUUCUGGAGUGCCUUGCUGGAAAAAGCCUAUGCCAAGCUGAACGGUAGCUAUGAAGCUCUGAAGGGGGGCAGCACCAUCGAGGCCAUGGAAGACUUCACGGGGGGUGUAGCAGAGACCUUCACAACUAAAGAGGCUCCAGAGAACUUCUACGAGAUUCUAGAGAAGGCCUUGAAGAGGGGCUCUCUGGUGGGCUGCUCCAUUGAUACCAGAAAUGCAGCAGAAUCUGAAGCCCGGACGCCUUUUGGUCUCAUUAAGGGCCAUGCCUACAGUGUGACAGGAAUUGACCAGGUAAACUUCCGAGGCCAGAAAAUGGAGCUCAUCCGAGUCCGGAACCCUUGGGGCCAGGUUGAGUGGAACGGGUCCUGGAGUGACAGCUCCUCCGAGUGGCGUUCCGUUGGCCCAGCUGAGCAGAAGCGCCUGUGUCACAUGGCUCUGGAUGACGGGGAGUUCUGGAUGGCAUUUAGGGACUUCAAGGCCCACUUUGACAAAGUAGAAAUCUGCAACCUCACUCCUGAUGCCCUGGAGGAGGAUGCCCUCCACAAGUGGGAGGUGACCGUCCAUCAAGGAAGCUGGGUGCGGGGCUCCACGGCCGGGGGCUGCCGCAAUUUCCUGGACACCUUCUGGACCAAUCCACAAAUAAAAUUGUCCCUGACUGAGAAAGAUGAGGGGCAAGAGGACUGCACUUUCCUCGUGGCCCUGAUGCAGAAAGAUCGAAGGAAACUCAAGAGGUUUGGAGCUGACAUGCUGACCAUUGGUUAUGCCAUUUACCAGAGCCCCAGCAAAGACGAGCACCUGAACAAAGACUUCUUCAGGUACCAUGCUUCCCAGGCCAGAAGCAAAACGUUCAUCAACCUGAGAGAAGUCUCCGACCGCUUCAAGCUGCCGCCUGGGGAGUACAUCCUGAUUCCCAGCACUUUUGAGCCCCAUCAGGAAGCUGAUUUCUGCCUGAGGAUCUUUUCAGAGAAGAAAGCCAUCACUCGGGACAUGGAUGGAGAUGUGGACAUUGACCUUCCAGAGCUUCCAAAGCCCACUCCAGCCGGCCAGGAGACGGAGGAGGAACUGCAGUUCCGGGCCCUGUUUGACCAAAUCGCUGGGGAGGAUAUGGAGGUGACAGCGGAGGAACUAGAAUAUAUUUUAAAUGCUGUGCUGCAAAAGAAAAAGGACCUCAAAUUCAAGAAGCUAAGCCUGAUUUCCUGUAAAAACAUCAUUUCUCUAAUGGAUACCAGUGGCAAUGGGAAGCUGGAGUUCAAGGAGUUCAAAGUGUUCUGGGACAAGUUGAAGAAGUGGACAAACCUUUUCCAUCAGUUCGAUACGGACAAGUCUGGCACCAUGUCCUCCUACGAGCUGCGGACUGCCCUGAAAGCCGCAGGCUUCCAGCUGGGCUGUCACCUCCUGCAGCUGAUUGUCCUCAGGUACGCGGACGAGGGCCUCCAGCUGACCUUCGAUGACUUCCUCAACUGCCUGGUCCGGCUGGAGAAUGCCAGCCGGGUGUUCCAGGCUCUCAGUACGAAGGACAAGGAUGAGGAGUUCAUUCAUCUGAACAUAAAUGAGUUCAUCAACUUGACAAUGAACAUCUGA